AUGUGUCUGUCUCUAUGGAAAGAUAGAUUUCGAGCUAUGUGCCUUGAGAACACUGUUCUACCAACAACCUACUCAGUGGAUACUAUGCACCUGAAGGAUUUCGAGCAUGCCACUGCAUCCCCUUCAACGUUUCUCAACAAUCUCCUUAGAAGUCAUGGUUCUGGAGGGCCAUUGAAGACCUUUGGCCGUCAUUGUAUCGAUCUUUGGAAUUUGCACCAACGUGUGCCUGAUUUAGAAGAAGUGACUCAGCUAUAUCUCAUUCCGGGAGGUCGGUUCUUGUUAUCAGAGCACAGGGUCAGUAUCAAUGUGCCAACCGUAAUGCUUUGGGACCUUGGGACCCCUGGGAUGUAUAAAGAUUUAUCCCAGUGUUACCCCAUAGCAAUUCUCGACGAGGCACCUUUUGGAGGGCCUCAUCCCUGUCAUCUGACACCUGAUAACCAGGGCAUCCUUUUCCUAUCUUACUCAGAUGCCUGGCACAUUGACAAUCGAUGGUGGGUGUUAUAUUCAUAG